ACGGUCAUCGUCCCAAAGGCAGCAUGCGCAGAUCUACGAGAACUGCCGCCAAAAACAAACGUAGUACCCUCAACUCCAGCCCUUCUGGUCAGGACCAGCCAGCAACGGACAACGCGACCAAGCGACCCGCGCAGAGGCGGCAGCAGCGGGCACAGACAGCGCGUGACGGUCAGCGGACCCGGAAAACAAAGGAGGAGGCCGAGGAAGUGACGUCAGCGCUUGGGGAUUUUGAGGGUGUUGAACAUGUACCAAUCUCGCCGAUACAUCGUCUCCCGUUCGAACUUCUCGCAGAGAUCUUCCUGCAGCUUCGCGCACGGAUCGUUGCCAAGGAGGGACCAUUCCCUAACCCUACGUCAAAGAUAGACGCAUCGAUUACCCGUGUUUGCCGGGCAUGGCGUCGCGUGGCGUACGGCACACCGUCCCUCUGGGCUACGCUCACUGCAAAUGAUCUCGAGUUAGUCGACUCCUACCUCGAGCGAUAUCUGCCGCUUUCCAGGGGUUGCCUCCUCGACAUUGUCUCCCAGCUACGUGGAGAUUCUCUGAUAGAGCUUCUGGACAAGCUGCGCCCGCACGCGUCGCAAUGGCGGGCUGUACGCCUCCUUCCACAUGGUCGGGAGCUUGGCCAGAUUCUACCUCUGUCGACGCCGAGCCUCGAAUACGUUCAUGUCGUGGCGUUCGGCAGCAAUUCGACGUACAACCAUGUGUCGCUUGAAUUUCUCGAGGAUGCGUCACGACUUCAUCACCUACACUUCGACGCUCGCUCUCUUUCUAACUUCACGCUCGCACUACCGAUCACGUCACGGCUUGCGACACUCCAGCUGAAAGUCUUGUUCCUCAGCACGACGCGCAUCCUACCGAUUUUGCAGCAGUGUAACCAAACGCUGAUAGAGCUCGACAUUACCGCCCACGCGCAUGGCAAUACACGAUGGCCCUCGGUAGGACCUGUCCAUCUACCUGCGCUCAGGCGCCUCGUACUCGAAGGAAAGCCAUGUGAGAUCCUAUCGGCAUACAUCACCGCGCCAAUCAUCGAGGGAGUAACCUUUGACUGUGUCCCCAGCGAAGCCAAUCGGGCCUUGCACAGAUUUCUUCAGCGCGUGCCGUCUGCAGCGUCGUGCCUUCGCCGCCUCAAGUCCUGCUACUUCCAAGACUUUCAGGCGGUGGAACCACUCUUGCAGUGCUUGCCCCUCAUGACGCGCCUCGAGGAGCUCGAUCUCGGCGACGUAGAGUUCAAGGCUAUCAUCGCGAUCCUCAACAAUCUCAUUUGUUCCGAGGACGCACCGCCGUCGCUGCCCAAGCUCUCCGCGAUCAUGUUCACCGCCUACGGAACCAACGUUUCAACAGAGCUACCGCAACUCUACGAGGACUUCGCGAAGUCGAGGGCGUCCCAGAGGAUUGUAUGCGGGGUAGAAGUGGCGGAACUGCGCAGAGCGGAUGUAACACUACAUUGAGGAACGGCCCACUGGGUGUAGUUGUUCCAAACAAAGUGAUUGUAUAGUUUACCAUACUCUUUAC